GUUUGCGCCGGUGCUUACCCAUUCACCAACUCGGGUCCAAAUUUGAACGGGCCGAGUUGGAUCAGGCGGCUUCUCUCUUCUGCAGCGACGCAAGAAGCCUUUGAAUGGUGGCGCCCCCAUGGCCGCCACCACCGUCUCCUCCUCCUGCCGCCUCCCACAUGGCGGUCACGCAGGCGCUGGCCGACGCCCUGCGCUCGUGCGGGGCGCGCGGCGCACUCUCCGGCGCCCGCGCGCUGCACGGGCGCCUCGUCGCCGUGGGCCUCGCGUCCGCCAUCUUCCUCCAGAACACGCUCCUCCACGCCUACCUCUCCUGCGGGGCCCUCUCCGAUGCCCGCCGCCUGCUGCUGGCAGACAUCGCCCAACCCAACGUCGUCACCCACAACGUCAUGUUGAAUGGGUAUGCGAAGCUCGGCCGCCUGAGCGACGCCGAAGAGCUGUUCGAUAGAAUGCCCGCGAGGGAUGUCGCCUCGUGGAAUACGCUCAUGUCGGGGUACUUUCAGAGCGGCCAGUACUUAGCUGCUCUGGAAACCUUUGUGUCCAUGAACCAAAGCGGAGAUUUGUCGCCAAAUGCAUUCACAUUCGGUUGUGCCAUGAAGUCCUGUGGUGCCCUAGGAUGGCGCGGUUUGACGCUGCAGCUGCUUGGGAUGGUUCAUAAGUUCGAUUCCCAGGAUGACAACGAGGUGAAAGCUGCCCUUGUCGACAUGUUUGUGAGAUGUGGAGCUGUUGAUUUGGCUUCAAGGUUGUUUGUUGGAAUACAAAGGCCCACUAUUUUCUGUCGGAACAGUAUGCUAGUGGGGUAUGCCAAGACGUAUGGUGUUGACCAUGCUCUUGAGCUUUUUGACAGCAUGCCUGAACGAGACAUCGUUUCAUGGAACAUGAUGGUUUCAGCAUUGUCUCAGGGUGGCCGAGUUAGAGAAGCCCUUGAUAUGGUUGUAGAGAUGCGCAACAAAGGUGUUCGUCUUGAUUCAACAACAUACACUAGUUCUCUUACUGCAUGUGCUAGAUUGCUUUCUUUGGCAUGGGGUAAGCAACUCCAUGCUCAGGUGAUACGGAAUCUACCACGCAUUGAUCCAUAUGUUGCUAGUGCUCUUGUUGAGCUGUACACUAAAUGUGGCUGUUUCAAGGAAGCAAAGGGAGUGUUCGGCUCUUUACAUGAUCGGAACAAUGUGUCAUGGACAGUUCUCAUUGCGGGAUUCUUGCAGUAUGGGUGUUUCACUGAAUCUGUUGAGUUGUUCAAUCAGAUGAGAGCUGAGUUGAUGACACUUGAUCAGUUUGCACUGGCAACUCUAAUAAGUGGCUGCUGCAGCAGGAUGGAUUUGUGUCUUGGGAGGCAACUGCAUUCACUUUGUAUGAAAAGUGGACAGAUUCAAGCUGUCGUCGUCUCCAACUCUCUCAUCUCUAUGUACGCAAAGUGUGGCAAUCUCCAGAGUGCUGAAUCUAUAUUCAGAUUUAUGGUCGAAAGGGACAUUGUAUCAUGGACUAGCAUGAUUACUGUGUAUUCUCAAGUGGGGAACAUCACGAAAGCUCGAGAGUUCUUUGAUGGCAUGCCCACGAGAAAUGUCAUUACAUGGAAUGCAAUGUUGGGUGCAUAUAUACAACACGGAGCUGAGGAAGAUGGCCUCAAAAUGUAUAGUACCAUGCUAAGUGAGAAGGAUGUCAAACCUGACUGGGUUACCUAUGUUACAUUGUUCAGAGGGUGUGCAAAUGUAGGUUCAAACAAACUCGGAGAUCAGAUUAUUGGUCACACUGUUAAGGUUGGUCUCAUUUUAGAUAUCUCUGUUGCAAAUGCAGUUAUCACAAUGUACUCCAAGUGUGGCAGGAUAUUGGAAGCUCGAAAAGUAUUUAACAUCCUAAAUGGGAAGGAUCUGGUUUCUUGGAAUGCCAUGAUCACUGGUUAUUCACAGCACGGCAUGGGAAAGCAAGCUAUAGAGAUCUUUGAUGAUAUGCUGAGAAAAGGGGCAAAGCCUGACUACAUAAGCUAUGUUGCAGUUCUGUCAGGUUGUAGCCACUCCGGACUCGUGCAGGAGGGGAAAUCUUAUUUUGAUAUGAUGAAGAGGGUCCAUAACAUAUCUCCAGGCUUGGAGCAUUUCUCUUGCAUGGUAGACCUUCUUGGCCGUGCAGGGCAUUUGACAGAAGCCAAGGAUCUCAUUGACGAGAUGCCCAUGAAACCAACCGCUGAGGUUUGGGGAGCUCUUCUUAGCGCCUGCAAGAUACACGGCAACAACGAGCUCGCUGAAUUUGCAGCGAAGCACUUGUUUGAGCUGGACUCACCUGAUUCCGGGAGCUACAUGCUCCUGGCGAAGAUCUACGCCGACGCCGGGAAAUCCGAUGAUUCGGCGCAGGUGAGGAAGCUGAUGAGAGACAAGGGGAUCAAGAAGAACCCGGGCUACAGCUGGAUGGAGGUUGAGAACAAGGUCUACGUCUUCAAAGCGGAUGACGUGAGCCAUCCACAGGUGAUCGCGAUUCGGAAGAAGCUGGAUGAGCUCAUGGAAAGGAUCGCGCGCCUCGGGUACGUGAGGACCGAGUCCCCACGCUCCGAGAUUCACCACAGCGAGAAGCUGGCUGUGGCGUUCGGGAUCAUGAGCCUGCCCGCCUGGAUGCCGAUCCACAUCAUGAAGAACCUGCGCAUUUGCGGCGACUGCCACACGGUGAUCAAGUUGAUAUCGUCGGUGACUGGCCGGGAGUUCGUGAUUCGAGAUGCCGUCCGAUUCCACCACUUUAAAGGCGGUUCAUGUUCUUGCGGGGACUACUGGUGACCACUAGAUUCGUGUGUAGUUCUUUUUUGUAGCACGGCAGAUUUGGUUGGGAACAGCAGUAGAAUAUCUUCACCUUCUUUUCUUUUCUUUUUUGUUGUCAUUUCUAUUCCACAAUAGAUUUGUCCCAGCCUAAGCAGUGGAUUAGAUACGUACAAAGAAGCGGCCUAGACCGCCAGAUCAUACUUACAAGUUGCAUGUAGUUCAUUCCAGCAUUGCAAAUAUUGGCAAAAAUAAUGUACGGUAAAAAUGAUGUACAAGUGCGCUAAUUGCAUUGAGAUAUGGCAUACACAUUGCAUCCAAUUCAUUCAGCAGC